AAUCAUCUUGCUUUCUUUUCACACCUCCAGAAGAAGUAGAAGAAGAAGAAGAGGAGGAAGACUCUUUUGGUACAGUGUUGACAUCUUUUGAAGCCUUUGGUGGUGAUUUUUUUGGUGAGGUUGAUGAAGCCUUUGUUGGCGAUUUUGUUGUUGAUGAAGACUCACUUGAUGAUGCUGGCUUCUUUCUAAACGCUCAAUACGUUCGAAAAUAUCGAUCAAAACGAAAGGCUGAAAAAUUAGGGCAAGAAAUUCUUUAUCAAACAACAACUACAAGUGAUGAAGAUGAAGUUGAAUUCAGAACAGAAGUAGAUGAGGAAGAUUUAAUGGUGGAUGAUGAUUUGAUUGAGAGCGAGAUUGGUUCUGAUAACACCUCGGAAUCAGAUGAUGAGGAUGAAUUCAUAAUGGAUCAACUAGAAGAGGAAGAAGAAGCAAAUCUUAACAGAUCGGCAUCUAUUGGUGAACGGAAUGAUACUGAUAAUAUUAUGGACGUAUUCGAUGGUUCUGUUAUUAAGGAUAAGAUUCAACUUCAUGGCAAUUCAAAUCAAAUCUUUUUGCAGGUGAAUUGGGAUGGAGCGAGUCCUUUUUCAUCCUCUAAAUGGAGCAUGUGGCCUAUUUAUGUUGUUGUUCAAAACUUGCCACCAGAGGUUAGAUAUAAUCCGGAAAAUCUCUUUAUGGUUGGUCUUUGGUACGGAAAGACAAAACCAGGAAAUGUCUUUCUCGACUAUUUUGUACAAGACGUCAAGAGUAUGGAGAAUAAUGAAGUGAUUAUCAAUAAUGGUUCAUGGUUUGUGAACUUUUGUUCAAUAGUAUGUGAUUUGCCAGCAAAGGCUAUUGCAUAUUGCAUGAGUGCUUUUAAUGGUUUAUUUGGUUGUGGAUUUUGUUUAAAUAGUGGUCACAGUAUUCAACGUAGAUGGCAUGAUAAUGAUGAAAGUCUAAACAAGACUGUUCAUUACAAGAAGGAGAUGGACCAAAGUGCUGGACCUAAUCAACAAGCAUGUACGUAUAUCUUUAAUGUAUCAUUCAACUGUAUCAGUGUUUACACUCAAAGGGUAAGAUCGUUCACACCAUGUUGGAUGGCUCUUGUUAUGGAGAAAACUCUCCACCCCAAUAACAUUGUUCAACUCGCAAACAAUAGUUUUGCUGUCAUUGUCAAGUUCCUUGAAAUGCAAGACAAGUUUUACAUUCAUGUGAGGCCUAUUAGGAAUGGUGUGUUGGCCAAUGACAGCCACUCCAUUUCCCCUAGUGAAGUGCUUGGUCCUGCUGUGCUCGUCAAGGAUAUCAAUGAAAAGCUUAUUGUUAGACCCUUACUUAAAUGUCAUGCAAUGCUAUUGAGAUGA